UUUAAAGAUAGCAGUGCACGCCAAGCGCCAUUUAAAUGUUUUCAAACUAAACUGUGGAGCGACUUUGUCUGAAGCGUGGAAUUAGUGAAAGGAGUGAAAGCGUCAACAUUCAACGCACGUCUUUGUCUUCUUUAAAGAGACGUAUUAUUACAUUAGCACCAUGGGACUCAACGAAAGCAAGAUGCGGGUGUCUGAACCAACAAAACCAGAACCCGCCUUCACAAAAAGUCAAAUCGGUCACCUGAUCGACCCACGUUCACCGUCUGCGGCCAUCGACCGUACGCCGAUACAGGUCAGUGAGGUCAAAGCUGUGGCUCUGAAAAGUGAGUGUCCAGUGUCGUUCACUGACCCUCGCUCACCGUCUGUUGGCGUCCAACGCACUCCAGUCAGAGAAAUCAUGAGAGCCAAAGUGGACUCCUUGGCUCGCCGUCUGGGCAUCCUUUUCCACAGCGAGGCUGGCGGUGAAUUCACCAAACCCCCUCAGAAAGGUGUUUGUGACGCCGUGGAAGAGGAGACCCUGGGAGGUGAGGAGCAGACCGCCACGGAGCCGCUCCUGACUCCACGGCCUCCCCGCACCUGCAGCUCCCUGGCUGAGCACGCCAACCUGCUGGCCACCCCCGUUCUUGAGCGCCCCCACGUGUCCGGUGACUCCAGCCCUUACGUGAUACUGGAGCAGCCGCAGGCGGAGGUGGAGCUUGAAACCGCGGCCGACGUCAGCCUGGAGGAGGCGGAAGAAGCCAAGGAGUCUCCUCUUCACAAGAGACUCAGCCUGAGUCUGAUCACGUGUCACGAGGGCGCCCCCUCCUCACAGAUCUUCGCCGAGGUGCACCGUGACAUCACUUCCUCUCCAGUGUCUGCUGCAGGAGUGGAGCCAAUCAAGAGCGACGUGGACCAUUGCUACGCCCUCCCUCUGAUUACCGUUCAACCAGAGAGCGACCUUCAGCCUCCAGUCGUCGAACCCAGCAGUUGUCCAGCGGAGGUCCUGUCCGCUGAGCCACAGCACACAAAGGUUCACACAACAUCCUCCUCUGAAGAAAGUCAGAAACCGGUCAAAGAAAACCCACCGACCACCAUCCGCUGCCCCACCGUGGACCCCAGGAGCCCCAGUCAGGUGGUGUUCAAGCCCCAGUGGUUGGGCAAAGACUUCGGUGCGUCUGCCCUGAGAGUCAGAGGAGUUCAGGGCAACAGUGGCAAACGCACCUCCUCCCCACUCGCCGUCUGCGUGACCAAUAGGAACGCAAGCAAUGAAAACAAGAGCCAGUCUGGGAAACUGAAGCAGAAAGGUGCACAGGGCCGCUCCCCACUGCAGCUCCUGAGGGAGGGAAACACUCUCAGGGCCCAGCGAUCACAGGUGAAGCUGAAGGCGUCCACUCCAGACAGAACGCGGGCUGCACAGAUGGACCGCAGAGUUCUGGCCGUGGUUCUGGACAAAGAGAACCGAUGAUCGACCUGCGGUGACGUGAACUGUUGCGACACUUUUAUAAUCUUUAAAACACGAUUUUUAUGUCUGUGUAUCUGAAACAUUUUACUCGUUGUGAAUAUUUGUUUCCAAACUUCUCUCUGCGAUUUCUCCGUCCGUCCUUUUGUAAAUAUAAAUAAAAUCUUUUGUCUUUA